AGAAAGACCUUCAAGAAUUCGCUCAGGUUUUGACAGAAGAUGCUUCUGACGAUGACGAAGGGCAACAAAAGUCAACCAACCAAGACGAUGCCGCAGAAGGCAGUGACAGUCAAAUGAGAAGAGAUACAACUGCAGGAGACGAAGGGAAUCAUAAUGAGUCGGCAUUACUCGACAAUCUUAAAGAUAGCCUGGGCAAAAUAAAUACAGUCAACUUUAAUAGCUUGCGCGAUGGGCUUGUCGGUGCUCUGAAGAAUCCGUCAUCUCAGCUUCUGAAACAAGUAAAAUUACCAGAAAAUAUGGAUUUAAAUCAACUUAAAGAGGGGCUCAACGAUCGUACCCGUUCGGCAGAACAGUAUUUACAACGAUUCGGUACAGAAGUUCUAUCAAAUUUAAAGAAUACAGUGACGAUAUUAGCACCAGAGGAGGAAAGCCCAGAACCAGAACAAGAGGAGGGAGGAGGAGUAGAAAAUGGGCCACGCAUAUAUGCUACUCGUAGAGAAGCUCUGAUCGCUAAAAUGCAGACCAACGAAAAUACUUAUUUGAAGGAACCUGAAAUCACAAGGGAGGAUGAAAAGAAAGUGUACGAGACAUUCAAAUCUACUUUCAAUAUCAAUGAAUAUACCGGAGAAAUUGCUCAGCUCUUGGAAGGUUGUCCUAAAUUAAGAGAGAUGAUGAACACUUUAGUUCCUGUUGAAGUCAGCUAUUCAUUGUUUUGGCAAAGAUAUUUCUAUCAUGCAUGGAAAAUCGAUCAGGAUGAACAGAAAAGACAAUUGAUUGUGCAGCAACAUCAAGAAGAGGACGAGGACGAAGAAGAUUUCAAAUGGGAUUCUGACGAUGAAGAAGAAGAAAAGGAAGAUGUAUCCAAGUCUGACAAUAAAAAUGAGAGCAGUAAUGAGGAAAAGGAUGAUGAUAAAACCGCUAUUAACGACGUUAAAAAAGACGAAUCGUCUGCUAAAGAACAACCCAUCAGAGUUUCGACAUCCAGCCAUUCAGAAGAUACAGAUGACUUCAGCCAUAUUUCUGCAGAUGAACCGAAUAAAACUGAAGACGAAUGGGUGAAAGCUGAGGAAAAGAAGUCUGAUAAAGAGGAAGUGGAAGAGGACAGUGACAGUGAUUGGGAGUAACUUUGCCUCUUUGCUGGCGUAGUUUAAUUUUUUUUUUAUUUUGCAUAAAUUUUUCAUCAUUUCAGACUCUCUAUUCCGUUUCUUCUUUCUCUCCAUAUCCUGGGAUUUAUACACUAAGUACCCAUAUUAUAUCAUCGUUCUAUUAUUAAAUUCUUCUCCAAAUCAAGAAAAGAAUUAAAACCAUGGCAUCCUCCUCAUCAUCAUCUGCUGUAACAGAAGAUCAUGUCAAAUAUUGUU